GGCCUCUCCAGUCUUGGCUGGGAUCGUGACGUCAAACGUGGCGGUGCCGCCUGGAGGAAGCUAACCGAGAAAAACAUCACAAAGUCCAGGCGCUGCACAUACACCUAUUCCCGGACCGGCACCGUUACCCGCCGACAUGGAGCUGGAGGACGGUGUGGUGUACCAGGAAGACCCGGGGAAUUCGGCCGUCAUGUCUGAGCGGGUGUCGGGCCUGGCCAGCUCCAUAUACCGCGAGUUCGAGCGGCUCAUUGGCAAGUAUGAUGAGGACGUAGUGAAGGAGCUAAUGCCGCUGGUGGUGGCCGUGCUGGAAAACCUGGACGCUGUGUUUGCCGAGAACCAGGAGCACGAGGUGGAACUGGAGCUGCUUAAGGAGGACAACGAGCAGCUCAUCACUCAGUACGAGAGAGAGAAGGCGCUGAGGAAACACGCUGAAGAGAAAUUUAUUGAGUUUGAAGACUCUCAAGAGCAGGAUAAAAAGGACUUGCAGAUACGUGUGGAAAACCUGGAAUCUCAAACCAGACAACUUGAACUUAAAGCAAAAAAUUAUGCAGAUCAAAUUAGUCGUCUGGAGGAGAGGGAGGCAGAACUGAAGAAAGAGUAUAAUUCACUUCAUCAAAGGCAUUCAGAGAUGAUUCAUAAUUAUAUGGAGCACUUGGAACGUAGCAAACUUCAUCAGCUAAUAGGAUCUGAUCAACUCGAAUCUACCAUACACAGUAAAAUUAGGAAAGAUCGUCCAAUUGCUCUGGGUAUCUUCCCAUUGGCUGCAGGCGACUCCUUGGUUUUACCUGAUGCCCAUGGUACAGAAACUCUUGGAAACGGGCCAUGGAAACUUCAAGACCAAAGCAACACUCGUUGCAAUACCAGUUUAAAGGAUGAACUUCAAAAUAUUAGUCAAGCAGUUUCUAAGACUGGCACCACAGACUCUGACAAUAUGGUCCACACUUCCCUGAAAGAUAAUAAAGAUGAAGUAAUAAUGAAAGCAAACAUAAAAAAUAACAAUGUGCAUAAAAACAACAAAAGUGCAGAUGUUCAGGUUGCUCAAGAAACCAGAACAACAUCUACAGGAACAAAUGGUAAUGAUGAGAAAUCUGAGGUCCAGUCAAUCAUUGAAUCAACUCCAGAGCUAGACAUGGGUAAAGACCCCAAGGGAUUCCAUUUGACAAGGUUAAGUCCCACUGAGGAGGCUACAAGUAUUGUAUCUCUCAAGCAGGAAACCCUUGUUGAGACAAUCAGGAGUGGUAGUUGCAUUACCCCAACAAAAGGCAUAGAAAAUAUAGCCUUUGAUCGCAACACAGAGUCGUUGUUUGAAGAAUUGUCUUCUGCAGGAACUGACCUCAUUGCAGAUGUUGAUGAAGGUGCCGAUUUGCUUGGAAUGGGACGGGAAGUUGAAAACCUUAUCUUAGAGAACACACAGCUGCUGGAAACAAAAAAUGCCUUAAAUGUGGUUAAGAAUGAUUUGAUUGCGAAAGUAGAUGAACUGGCAUGCGAAAAGGACGUCCUACAGGGUGAGCUGUUGGCUAUAAAACAAGCAAAGCAAAAGCUAGAAGAGAAGAACAAAGAGUUAGAAGAAGAGUUAAAAAAAGCUAGAGCAGAGGCAGAAGAAGCGAGGCAAAAAGCAAAAGACGAUGAAGAUAGUGAUGUACCUACUGCACAGAGAAAAAGGUUUACGCGUGUAGAAAUGGCUCGUGUGUUGAUGGAAAGAAACCAGUACAAGGAGAGAUUGAUGGAGCUACAAGAAGCAGUGCGAUGGACUGAAAUGAUAAGAGCAUCAAGAGAAAAUCCAGCCAUGCAAGAAAAGAAGAGAUCAAGCAUUUGGCAAUUUUUUAGUCGACUCUUCAGUUCAUCAAACACUGCUUCCAAAAAACCAGAGCUACCCGUUAAUUUGAAAUACAAUGCACCUACAUCACAUAUCACGCCAACAGUUAAGAAGAGAAGCAGUGCCUUAUCCAAACUCCCCAGUGACAAAUCAAAAGCUUUUGACUUCCUUAGUGAUGAUUUAUCAGCUGGUUCUGAAGCAACAUUAGCCUCCCGGCGAGAACAAAAGCGAGAACAAUACCGGCAAGUAAAAGCUCACGUGCAGAAAGAAGAUGGUAGAGUACAAGCAUUUGGUUGGAGUCUUCCUCAGAAGUACAAGCCGGUGACUAAUGGAGGUCAAAAUGAGAACAAAAUGAAGAAUCUUCCAGUACCAGUUUAUUUAAGACCUUUGGAUGAAAAAGACACAUCAAUGAAGCUAUGGUGUGCUGUUGGAGUUAACCUCUCUGGAGGGAAGACAAGAGACGGAGGUUCAAUUAUAGGAGCCAGUGUAUUCUACAGCGAUAUUCCUGGAGCAGAAGAUGAUAGUCAGAAACAACGUAGUGAAUCUCAGAGCAGUAUAGAGAAACUUGAGCAUGAACUGAAGUUGCAGCAAAAAGAGCUCCGGCACCAGGAUGAGUUAUCCAGCCUUGUGUGGAUUUGCACAAGUACACACUCCUCAACAAAAGUUAUCAUCGUUGAUGCAAAUGAUCCUGGAAAUAUGCUUGAUAGUUUCAUUGUUUGCAAUUCUCAUGUCCUCUGUAUAGCAAGUGUACCAGGUGCUAUGGAAACAGAUUAUCCUGCAGGUGAAACAUCCAAACAAGAAUCAGAAGCAUGCCAUGCUGAUAAAUCUUUAUCUGAAAGUCUCAUUAGCAGUAGCUCAUCUGUAUCAGAUAAUGUUGCAGGAAGUGUAAAAGUAGGCGGCUGCCCUUCAGCGGAUGAUGUGGACGUCUCCCUAAUGCAAGCAUCUAAAAUGGUUUCAUCAGAAGAAGCGCCCAAGCCAGAUGCUGUUGCUGAGAGUAAUGAAACCGAAGAUAAUGUGCUGACAGCAGAGGAAGCAACAGAAGCCACUGAAGUUGGUGAUGGUUCAGGGGAUGAUGUUGCUGACGUUGCUCAAACCGGAAUCUAUACAGAACAUGUCUUCACAGAUCCUCUGGGUGUGCAGAACACGGAGGAACCAUUAGGUUCUCAGGCCAGUGACUCUGACCUAUAUAAAGAUGGCAUUGCAACAUUACCUACAGAGCAAGAUUUAAUGAGAGAGGAAGCACAGAAAAUGAAUAGCCUAUUACCUACAAUGUGGCUGGGGGCACAAAAUGGAUGCCUGUAUGUUCAUUCUUCUGUUGCUCAGUGGAAGAAGUGCCUCCAUUCCAUUAAACUUAAAGAUUCCAUUCUCAGCAUUGUACAUGUAAAAGGAAUUGUAUUAGUUGCUUUGGCUGAUGGAACGUUGGCAAUAUUCCACCGAGGAGUUGAUGGCCAGUGGGAUUUGACAAAUUAUCACCUACUUGAUUUUGGGCGACCUCAUCACUCCAUUCGGUGCAUGACUGUGGUACAUGAAAAGGUCUGGUGUGGUUACAGGAACAAAAUAUACAUUGUGCAGCCGAAGGCCAUGAAAAUUGAGAAAUCAUUUGAUGCACAUCCGAGGAAAGAAAGUCAAGUCAGGCAGUUGGCAUGGAUAGGUGAUGGUGUCUGGGUUUCCAUACGACUUGAUUCAACACUUCGUCUGUAUCAUGCACACACUUACCAACAUUUACAAGAUGUUGACAUUGAACCUUAUGUCAGUAAAAUGCUAGGGACUGGAAAACUUGGAUUCUCUUUUGUGAGAAUUACAGCACUUAUGGUGUCGUGUAAUCGCUUGUGGGUUGGAACAGGAAAUGGUGUAAUCAUUUCAAUCCCUUUGACAGAAACUAUAAUACUGCACCAGGGACGCUUACUUGGGUUGAGGGCAAAUAAAACAGUACCAGGCACAGGGAGUCGUCCAGGAAGUGUAAUACGUGUUUAUGGAGAUGAAAACAGUGAUAAAGUAACUCCCGGCACCUUCAUACCAUAUUGCUCAAUGGCACAUGCUCAGUUAUGUUUCCAUGGUCAUCGAGAUGCUGUUAAGUUCUUUGUUGCAGUUCCAGGCCAGGUGUUGUUCCCAUCAAGCAGCAGCAGUUCUGACUUAUCAGGGGAAAAAGGAGCUUUGUAUCAACAAGAGCAAGCCAACCAGAAUCAUCAGAAGUCUAUGCUAGUGAUGAGUGGAGGGGAAGGAUAUAUAGAUUUCAGAAUGGGUGAUGACAGCGGAGAAUCUGAAAUUCUAGGGGACUCUUUACAGUUUGAAUCUUCUGUAGCAAAAGUGGAAAGGAGCCAUCUUAUAGUUUGGCAAGUCAUGUGCAGUAACGAGUAAACAAACAAAAAGAAAACAAGACAAAGAAGACCUCUACUGCUUUGCAUGUUUUUUGGAUAUUUUUUAAAACCACUUUUUUUAACACUAAGCAUCUCAAUUAAAAACCGCAAUCAUAGUGGUAUACACGACCAGGCCACCUCCUCAUUAACUUUCAAAAUCUGACCAUCAGACUUUAUUAUGAUAAGCCCUGCAUGUGUGUGUGUAUAUAUGUAUGUAUGUAUCUAUAUAUAUAUAUAUAUAUAUAUAUAUAUUUAUUUUUUAUUACAUGGUUUACUUACCAGUUCUGCAGCCUCCAAUGCUUGCUGCCCUGUCUUCUUCACUUAUUUCCACAAUACAAAUAGUAUUUUAUGGGAACACACCCUAACCCUGUAACUGUGUGCUUCAUCAUCACAAUAACCAUGGGAAGGACAAAGUUAUAGGUGCGAGAGUGGGCUCCAGUUUAAAAUGGCGUAUGUGAUAUAGGCUCUAUCUCCCAGAAUUGUGAAGAAGUAAAAAAACUGCACAAGUGCCGGCUUCAUAGCUACAGAAUAGAUAAGUAAAUAAGUAAAAGCUAUAAUACUAUUUUAAAAUUGGUCUUCUAUGUUUAAUUGUAGAUCAGCAACUCAUUACAUACAAUGCUGAUCAUAAUCAAGUCUAAUUAAUGUCACUUUAAAGGGACACUGAACCCAAUUUUUUUCUUUUGUGAUUCAGAUAGAGCAGCAAUUUUAAGCAACAUUCUAAUUUACUCCUAUUAUCAAAUUUUCUUAAUUCUCUUGGUAUCUUUAUUUGAAAAGCAAGAAUGUAAGUUUCGAUGCCGGACCAUUUUUGGUGAACAACCUGGGUUGUUCUUGCUGAUUGGUGGAUACAUUCACCCACCAAUAAACAAUUUCUAUCCAGGGUUCUGAACCAAAAAUCGUCUGGCUCCUUAGCUUAGAUACCUUCUUUUUCAAAUAAAGAUAGCAAGAGAACGAAGAAAAAUGAAUAGGAGUAAAUUAGAAUGU